AUGUCUCAGGGGCGCAACGCCGGGUCCGACAUGGACGGCGGGUCAAACGGCACGGCCAACCGCACCGGCAACCGCACCGUCGACACGAGGCUGAGGAACCUCUACGGCUCCUCGGAGGAGUGCGACCUCUGGGUACACCUCAGCCUCAACGGUUCGCAGCCGCCGCUGGGCGCGGUGCUGGACGAGGCACGGGGCGCCUCGGCAGGCCUCCAGCUGCUGUGGCACGAGCGCGUGCGGUACGAAGAGUCGCCCGCGCCAUCGUCCAAGAACGUCUCCGUGGGGCCGUUCUCCGAGGAGGUGCUGAACGGGACAGUGCUGCCCUUCGUGCACGCGACGCUGCUGCGCACCGAGCUGUUGGAGGGCGGCCUCGAGAGCAUUCCACCCCACCAGGUUGUCACCCAGUCCCUGGCGCUGGUCGCCAUGCUGCGCGAGCUGCGCCCCGCGGAGCAGGCGGGGAGCCUCUUCGCCGGGGAGGACGAUCCUCCGAGACCCGUUCUGAACAUGUCUGCCGUCAGAUUGCCGUACUUCAAGACGAAGGUCGAGGUGCGACCCGUGUUCGACCAAUCUAGAAGAACAAAACACCGGCAUAACCAUCAAUGUUCGAAGGUUUUGGCGGAUUUCUGGGGUCGGCGUUGGACCCCCCUCCUUACAUUCUUGUCGGCGCCUCCGCUGGCUUGGGAUAGGGUGGAGGGAGGGAGGGCCCGACGCGGGCCCAUGGAUUCUGCUCGGAUCUACGAAGGUUGUUGCUAUGCUUGCGCGUGUUUCUUGUUCUUCUGCAAUCGGUGCAUUCCACGGCGGUCGUCAAAACUCCUCCGCUGA